AUGGCUGGGCAAAACAUGAGCCCACGUCUGUAUGAGCUGACGCCGACAUUUAAUGGAGAAACUACAGAAUGUCAAUUAACAUCAACUAUUUUAGCAACAAAAGUACAUGAUUUUAAACCGUUACCUGGAUUUGAUUCUAAUCUUGAUAAUUUGCAAUAUUAUCGUGCUCAACAAGAAAUUGAUUGUGACGAAAUAUAUCCUGGUAUAUACAUCGGUGAUGGUAUUACAGCAAAAAACAAGAAAUAUCUUGAAAUGUUAGGUAUAACGCAUUUAUUAAAUGCUGCUGAAGGAAAAAGAUUUGGAUUUGUAAAUACAAAUAGUAAUUAUUAUGCAGAUACAACAAUAAGAUAUCUUGGCUUGCCAAUUAAAGAUUUACCUACUGAAGAUAUUAGUAAAUACUUUUAUACAACAGCAAAUUUUAUUGAUGAAGCAGUAUCUAUGGAAGGCAAAGUAUUCGUACAUUGCAUGAAAGGUAUAUCUCGCAGUGCUACAUGUGUCCUGGCAUAUUUAAUGAUAAAGAAAGAUAUGUUAGCAGUUGACGCUAUACAAUUAAUUCGCACAAACCGAGAUAUUUUUCCGAAUAAGGGUUUUCUUUGGCAGCUUGCAGAAUUAGAUAAUAAAUUACGUAGACAGCGUUUAUAAAUUUUUGUUUAUCAUUAUCAAAAUUUCAGGGUUGAAAUGAUUUUAUUAUAAGAUAUUUAAAUAAGAAUAUAGUUUUAUGAUAGUUAAGAUGCGCAUGUACGUAUAAAUAAAGUUAUACACACAUUUAUUUGAUUAAAAA